AUGCUGCAUGCUGAAGCUGAAGCGCGAUCAGUGGGGCAUCUCUCCAACAAUGAGCCUCUUAAGCGGUCCGCACCGGAUAUAUCUAGUCAGUCUUCGUCGGACGCCGGUCGGUCGUUAGAAGUCACGGUCGCAGAGCAUCGCUCCGCUCGUCGCCACCCACCGAUACCGUACGACGUCACAUCUGUCGCACAAGGUAACCCCGCCGGUCAAGACGCUGCAGGGGGUCUUCGCGGAUCAGGCGUCGCGACAGCGCAGCAGUUUCCUUUCCCCAUUCCCAUUCCUCCCGCGGCGAACCGCCCUACCGGUCCCAUCAUUCCCGUUGACCCUCCUCCCCUCUUCAACUUCCCACCCGCACCGAACCGCCCUACCGGGCCUGUGUUCCCGUUUCCCCCGGCCCCGUCCCGACCGCCAAUCAACGUGCCUCCUAUCAACCCUCCGCCUACCACGUUCCCACCCCCUGUCGCUGCCCCACCUCCGCCUGCGAAAAGCCCACCGCCACCGGCUAACCCGCCUCCGAAGCCGCCCGUUAACCCGCCUCCUAAGCCGCCCGUUAACCCGCCUCCUAAGCCGCCUGUUUUCCCGCCUCCUAGGCCGCCGAAGCCUCCCACUAACCCGCCUCCUAAGCCACCUAUCUAUCCUCCUCCUCGGCCUCCCCCCUCUCCACGCCCACCUCCUCCCGCGCCUUCUCCUCCCCCACCUCGCCCCCCCAAUCCCCCUCCACGCCCGCCGUUGACCCCCCCGAAGCCGCCUCCUCAGCCCCCGAAGCCACCGGCUAGUCCCCCUAACCCCCCGCCACGCCCCCCGAAGCCGCCAUUGACUCCCCCGAACCCGCCACCACGUCCCCCCAACCCGCCACCUGUCCCGCCGCCCGCGCCGCUCCGGCCCCCUCCCAGUCCUCCUGCCCCUCCCCCUCUGAUACCUUCCCCUCCCCCCGACAUAAGUCCUCCUCCCCCGGUCCUUCCGCCCGCCCCAGCCCCGUUCCCGCCCCCGGUCACUCCCUUCCCUCCCCCUUUGCUACCAUCCCCAUUUCCUCCGCCUUCCCCGCCGUUCGUCCUUCCGCCGCCUCCGCCCGAAUCGUCGGGGCUAUCGAUGGGGGCGAUCAUAGGCAUUGCGGUCGGCGGCGCCGUGGGGCUGAUUUUCCUCGUCACGUGCGGCCUCCUCGCCUUCUUCUUCCUCGUGCCGAAAAAAAAAGAGGGCGAACGAACGCGCACCCGCGGCGGCGGCGGCGGCAGCGCGGCCCCAGGGACCGUGGGCGGCGCGGAGAAGGCGCCGUUUUACGCGCAGCCGCAUCUGGUCCGCGGGGUGCGCGGGCGGCAGGCGGCAGCUGCGGCUGCGGCCGGGGUAGCGGCCGGCGCGGCUGCCGGCGGAGCGGCAGCGGCGGCGGCGGCUGCAGGUGGCGGGCCUGGCGAGGACGAGGACAGCGAGGAGGGCAAUAACGCGUAUGGCGACGGCGCGCCUGCUGCUGGCGAGGAGGAAGAGGAGUAUUACGAAGACGAGGGCGGGGCGGCGGGAGAAGGGGAGGAAGGAGACGAGGAUCUUUAUGAGGAAGGGGAGGGCGACGGGGAAGUUGAAGGGGAAGCGGAAGGGGAAGCGGAAGUGGAAGGGGAAGAGGACGAUGAAGACCUAUACGGGGCUGGUGACGACAGCGGCGGCCCUUAUUUGGGAGAGGACUCAGGAGGGGGAGCAGGCGGCGCGGGCGCAAUCGCUGGCGCAGCCGCCGGCGCGGGGAUCGUGGCCGGCGCAGCAGCCGUGGCGGGCGGCGCGGCAGCCGCCGUCGCGCUGGGGGACGGCGACAGGAUGAGCGAAAGAAGCAGACGACGAGUGGUGGUUCCCUUACGAGGAACUCGAAGAAGCCACAGACGGAUUCUCAGACAGCAACAAGCUUGGGGAGGGCGGGUUUGGGCCUGUGUACCGGGGCAUAUUGGCGGACGGAAUGCCCGUGGCGGUGAAGGUGCUGAAGGUGGGGGGACACCAGGGGGAGCGCGAGUUCCGCGCGGAGGUGGAUAUAAUCAGCCGCGUGCAGCACAAGCACCUGGUGACGCACCUCGGGGGGAGCGCGAGUUCCGCGCAGAGGUGGAUAUAAUCAGCCGCGUGCAGCACAAGCACCUGGGGGAGCGCGAGUUCCGCGCGGAGGUGGAUAGAAUCAGCCGCGUGCAGCACAAGCACCUGGUGACGCACCUGGGCUACUGCAUCGCCAGCGCGCAAAGGCUGUUGGUGUACGAGCUCGUGCCCAAGGAUCGCUGGAAGACGCCUUGCAUGGUGAGUGAUAGACGAGGAGUUACUUGGCGCUCCCUCUCACCCCCUACUGCAUCUCUCAUUCUGUUUCUUCCCGCAUUCCCAACGAAACCUGUUCGUCUGCCCUCCCCAGGCGAGGGCCGUCGCCUGCUGGCGUGGAAUUUUCGCAUGAAGAUCGCUCUGGGCGCCGCCAAGGGCCUCGCUUACCUGCACGAGGAAUGCAACCCGCGCAUCAUCCACCGGGACAUCAAGUCGUCCAACAUCCUCCUCGAUAAGGACUACGAGGCCAAGGUGGCGGAUUUUGGUGCUGCCAGGCUGGCAGCAGAGGACGCCAUGCCAAUCAUCACACGUGUAGUUGGCACUUUCGGGUACCUGGCGCCAGAGUAUGCAUUGACAGGCAAGCUGACGGAGAAAUCGGACGUGUUUUCGUUUGGAGUGGUGCUGCUGGAGCUUAUAACGGGGAAGAGGCCCGUGGAGCAGGAGAAGCCGCAGGGCAGCGACAGCCUCGUGGAAUGGGCGCGCCCCCUGCUAGCGGAUCGGGCAAUGGAGGAACUGGCAGACCCGGAGCUGGAUGGGUGCUACGGGCAGCGGGAGAUGGAGCGGCUAGUCACUGCUGCUGCACUCUGUGUGCGCCAGUCCGCUGUGCUGCGCCCCCGCAUGAGCCAGGUGGUGGCGAUGAUAGAGGGGCGAGGCGAUGUGGAGGUGGAGGCCACAGACGACGAGUCGGCUGCCGGGUUGCGGGAGAGUGCGGAGUUUUCAGGAGGGGAGAUGGGGAGUCGAGAGGACAUGUACCCUGGGGAGAUUGUGCAGCAGUAUCCGCACAGUGCCGAGAGCAAGGGGAGCGCUGGGGCCAAGGGCAGGAAGGGGCGCAUGGCAGCGCUAGCAGCAGCAGCAGCAGAGCUCACACCAGGCCACACCUUCACUUCUGUCACCUCUGCUACUAGCACAGACCCACUCAUUGCCAACACCUCCCCCUCCUCCCAGGGCCAGAUGCAGCCUCCCCCAGAUGCACCUCCCCCUCCCACACAGGUAGGGCCCUCUGGGCCCAUGCCGUUGCCGCUGCCGCCCGGGCGCAAAGGGGGCGGUGGUAACGGUGGUGGGUGGAGAGGAAAGUGA